GGCUCCCAUACAGCCUGGAAGCGGAUGCGGAGCAGGCAACAUCACUUCCGGGGCAGCCAGGAGCUAUGACCGCCAACGCGGAGCCGAGGCGGCGCCCCGGAGUGGGGGUCGGCGUGGUGGUGGUGAGCUGCGAGCAUCCUCGCUGCGUCCUUCUGGGGAAGAGGAAAGGGUCGUUUGGAGCCGGCAGUUUCCAGCUUCCUGGGGGCCAUUUGGAAUUCGGUGAGACCUGGGAAGAGUGCGCUCAGAGGGAAACCUGGGAAGAGGCUGCGCUACACCUGAAAAACGUGCGCUUUGCCUCCGUGGUCAAUUCUUUUGUUGAGAAGGAGAAUUACCAUUAUGUCACCAUAUUAAUGAAAGGAGAGGUGGACAUGGCUCAUGAUUCAGAGCCAAAGAAUAUGGAACCUGAAAAAAAUGAGAGUUGGGAGUGGAUUCCUUGGGAAGAAUUUCCUCCAUCAGACCAGCUUUUCUGGGCUCUCCGUUGUUUAAAAGAGCAAGGCUACGACCCAUUUAGAGAGGACCUGAACCACCUGGACGGGUAUAGGGGAGAGCACCUCGAAGGAGCUAGGACACUUCCUUGAUUUAAAAAAACAAACAAACAAAAAAAAAAACUUUAGUGAAUGAGAGAUUCUGAGUUUCAGGAUAACUCCAUUUUAUCUACAAAGCCACGUGGUCACUGGUUUAUUCACAGUCUCCUAAAGUAACUCAAACCCUUGAGAAAAUCUUCCUGGGCUGUGUCACUGAGUAAGAUGGAUAAGGAGCUUGUGGUUAAUUAUCUGUACUACUCUAAGUUACUGUUGUUGGCUGCAUGGAGGCGAGUGCCACAGAGUUUGUCUUACUGUUCUCAUUCAAAUAGAGGUCACAACUCAAAUGUGGCCGUUCAAUGUGGCCGUUCAAGUUUGGAAGCAAUUUGCUCACUGCAAAAUUCAUCAUGAUUGUUGAUGUCCUUUUUCCUCUUACUUGAAAAGAAUUUUUUUUUUUUUUUUUUUUGGUUUUUUGAGACAGGGUUUCUUUGUGUAGCUUUGCGCCUUUCCUGGAACUCACUUGGUAGCCCAGGCUGGCCUCGAACUCACAGAGAUCCACCUGGCUCUGCCUCUCAAGUGCUGGGAUUAAAGGCGUGUGCCACCACCGCCCGGCGAAAAGAAUUUUUAAAUGACCGUGUAACUCGAGAGAUCAUGACAUGUGGUAUGCUGUACUUUCCUGGUUUCUGACAGAGAAUCGGGGCUGAAUGUGAGACAACUAAGGUCAAGUCAUCUGAAUUUCCCACUUUCUCCUCCUGAGAUCUUGUGUGUCCUCAUAUGUUGGGAUUACACAGAGCAGUGCACUGGGUCUCCUAGUGUGUGGGGGGAUCUCCCAGGAGUCCUCAAGAUCUUUGCAGGGACGCCAAGGCCAAAGGUUGGUUGGUUGGUUGCCUCCCCCACCCCUCACCUCCUGCCCCCAGCAAAUUGUCAGGUUUCGCCGUGAGAAGUGCUCUAACAGUGAAGCCUCUCCGGGAGCAGCAUGCGCGGGGCUGCACCCGUCUGCAGUGGCAGCUGUGGGGCUGGUUUGGAUUUGAAGCUGCUUCUGGCUUUAGAGGGGGCUUUGGGUUUGGGAAAAUCACCUUCUGGGCAUAAAGGAUCACCUCGGGCUUAGCUAAUGUUAAUAGCUGAAGCUUCUACCCAGCCCCCAUUGAUGAUCGUCCAGGCCAAGCCCUUGGAUUAAGUGUGCGCUCUCAUCUUCCCUUGGUCAGGCAGAGCAGGGGUUUCUGGCUGAUGUUUCUGUCACCAGGCAGUCACUGGCCCACUCGGCUGCCCAGACCCCCGGGGAGCUCCUGUGAGGUUUUCUCUGUUGCCAGUCCACUCUGCAGCAUAGGCGCCGCAUGAGCUCUGUGUCCUUUACUUCGGGGUCUUAUUUAUUCUUUCGCCAGCAUUCCUGUUUCACAUGGGUUAAUUUUUUUUUUUAUUUAUUUAUUUUUUUUGGUUUGUGAGAUGGUUUCUCUGUAGACCAGGCUGGCCUAGAACUCAGAGAUCCACUUGCAUUUGCCUCCCGAGUGCUGGGAUUAAAGGUGUGCGCCACCAUGGCCUGGCUCACAUGGGUUAAUUUCUUAGCAUAAACAAAAUGACGGUGGGGGAACGCUGCCCACACCUCCUGUGCACAGCCCUGGCAGAGGGCUGGAGAGGGCUGUUGUACAGCCCAGAGUUGUUUUUAUAAUAUCCAAAUAUCACUGCUUUUUUUUUUUUUCCACUUUUAACAGUCUCGUCUCAGGCUGGCUUCCAACUCACUGUCUGUAGCUGAGGAUAACCUUGAACUUCUGAUCCUCCUGCCUGAGCCUCCCUGAUGCAAAGAUUGGAGCUGCAUUCCUCCUCGUUCUCUUUUAAGUGGCAGAACAGUUGCCUGGCAACUGCCUGGGGCAUCAUUAGUUUCCGGUGGUUGUUGCUUUGACCCUAGGGCUUUGCACGUGAUGAGCAAGCGCUGUAACAGGUGCAAAGGCAAGAGAAGCCAGCUUCUUCCUGUCAGGUCAGCCACCGAAGAGAUUAGCCAAAGAAUAAAAUAAUGACUUUCUCACUGGUGACUUUUUGUUCACUCUGUAAGUCUGUAAGAAGCCUCUGUUAACGUGCAUUCGAUUUUCAUGUGGUCAAUAAACUUUCUUUAUUUUAAA